AUGUCUGAGUUUGAGGCACAAAAUCUGGAAUUGUACUAUGACGCAAAGGAUCUCCAUUGUCACAUGAAGGAAGUCCGUGGAAGUGCCCACAAAGACUCUCGGAGUGGUGGGAUACCUGAUCAAAACCGGCUCUUUGAGGAGUAUGAAGACCUGAAACAGAUCAAGAACAGAAUAGAAUUGGAAAAUGAAAGUGAGAAAGCGAUAGAAAAGACAAUAGAAAAAGAGACUAAGACUGAGAGAAGGGGAGACGAAGAUGAAGAUAGCGAGUGCUCGUCUAGAUUGAGGGAAUUUCUAAUGCGAGGAUUGGGUACAAUCGAAGAAGAAGAUGAAGAGAAGGAGGACAGUCGGAUGAGAGAAAUAGGAGAGGAAUACGAACACCCAGGACACUUUCGUAAAGAAGAAGGUAAGGGUGAGGCUUCCGGUGAGGGCGAUCACAUACAUAGGGUGAAGCUGAUGUCAUUUGAAGAGUUCUGUGCUGAGAAUUUUGCAGUCUCUUUAACGUUUGUCGAAGACAUGAUGGAGGAGAGCAGAAUCUCACAGAGGAGGCUUGAACAAGCACAUGAGGAAUUAGGAGAUGGUAGACAAUUUGGAGAAAGAGCUGAAAGGCAAUGA